AUGGAUAAUAUGUCAAAGCUUCGGCGUGAUCUGGCUAGAACUCUGACCCCAGAACAUUUUCAAAAACUCCAGCGUAUGGCCGACAGGAAAUCACGUAGGAUAUGCGUUUUAAUAGCAAAAAAGCACAACGAUAAAGUGCUUAAGUAUGGAAUUAUAAGACCGCAUAGGUUAAAGCCAGCUCUCUCAGUUAAAUGGGUUUCCAAAGUAACGACGCCAACUGAUCAGUUCGACAAACGGCAUAAGAUGGUGAAUCUAUCCUCGCUUCGUCUUGCUCCUAAAACCAAUACGAUCCUGAGGAAAGGACCAAAUUUUUCUUAUCAAAAUGGCAAAAACCUUAUAGAAGACAUUCUGGUGGAGGCCAUCAAUAUCUCCGGCAAGUAA